CCUGUAGAUGGAACCAUGUGUCUUUGUUGUGUGCAUGUUUGUACAAAGAACUCGAGGCACACAUUGUUAUAUUUAACAAACUAAAUAUUUGACAGCUCGUUGAAAGUAAUACAUACAGUUAUCAGCAUAUUUGAGUUUUAUAUAUACCUUUGCCAAAAUGUCGACAGCUUUUUGUUUUCAAGCACAGCUCGUUUCUGUUAUGGACGCGUUAUCAAAAGCAGCUGUUUCAGAAAUAAGCAAACUGGUCGACAUCGAAUCAAAGGUUUUAAAAUUAGAAAUAACGCGUGGUCGGAAUGAAAUAGCAGCACUUACAGAGAAACUGCAGUUGAUGGAGAAUUUGCUUUGGAUCGACCGAGGGCACAGGCAGCACGCAACCACAGAUACACGCACGAUAACACCAACAAGAGUGAGAGAUGGUUCAAUGAACGAUUAUUGUGAAAUACCUCAGUCUGAGCCCAAAAGACCUGCAAUCAAAAAAAGUGAGAGUUCCUGGGAAAACAUUUGUCCUCCCCAAGAGAUGCACAUCAUCCAUCCGGUUGAAGAUAGUGCUCUUGUUUUGGAAACAGUGCCUACCACAGUGGUGAGAGACCAGCCUGAGUUGAUUGUGAUCAAGGAGGAACCUUCAGAGGUGGACGUAUGGGGUAGUGGGCCAAAGACCGAACUCAUAAAUGAAAAUGGAGCAGCAACAUCACUUGAUACAGAUGUUGGGUGUCUCGAUGUGCUUCAGCAUUGUCCAGACAGCUCAGACAACCACCCUAUAUUUACUGAGAGCCAGGUGAACCACAGCACUCAGCCCUCCGGAGUGCAAUUGGAGGACCUGGACACGCAUUGGACGCCACCUGCAUGUUCACAGAGCCAGGAUGCGCAGCAGAUCACACCUGCUGCACAGAGAAACUCCAUAACUGGAAACAGCUCUGGUGGUAUAACAAAUGUGCCCUCUCAGAGUUUCAGUGUGGCAAAGUCAAACAUGAAGAUCCACAGCCUGAGAACGUCAGGAGCUAAAAGAUUUGGCUGUAUGCAAUGUGGCAAGAACUUCAGGUGUUACAGUCAGCUGGAAAUACACCAGCGAAGUCACACUGGAGAGAAACCGUACCGAUGCACGCUGUGUGGAAAGAGAUACGCACAGAAAGGGCAUCUUUAUACCCACCAACGCACCCACACUGGAGAAAAGCCAUAUCGCUGCCUCGACUGUGGCAAGAGCUUCAUUCAAAAAUGCACUCUCGAUAUGCACCAGCGCACCCACACUGGAGAAAAACCUUAUGUUUGUGUGAAAUGUGGGAAGGGAUUUACUAAAAACUGUAACCUUAAGAAACACAUGGGUGUACAUACAGAGUUCAGCAUGCAUGUUUACAGUGAGUCCAGUUUUCAAGAGGACAGAUGGUAAAAUAGACCUCAUCAGUACUAGUAUCAACCAACCAGCCUCUGCAGCGGAUUUGAUGGACUUCAGUCAUUAAAGGUUUUCCUCAUAGAAUAGAAGUAUGCUUUUCAGAAAAAUAAAGGUGUCCCUUUUUCAACAUUG